GUUUGUAAAUGGUGGCAGCGGCGUUUAAUGUUGUUAAUGUCAAAUGAUAAAAUAAAAUUGUGAAUAAAUCUAAUACGAUAAUUUUUUAGAAUGUCGUCAGAACCUUCACAGAAUAAGACAUGGGAACUAUCGUUGUACGAAUUACACCGUACGCCGCAGGAGGUGAUCACAGAUGCAACAGAAAUUGCAGUGUCUCCACGAAGCCUGCAUAGUGAAUUGAUGUGUCCUAUCUGUUUGGAUAUGCUAAAGAAGACUAUGACGACAAAAGAAUGCCUUCACAGAUUCUGCUCAGAUUGUAUAGUUACAGCUUUACGUUCUGGCAACAAGGAAUGUCCUACAUGCAGGAAAAAAUUAGUGUCUAAACGGUCGCUACGACCAGAUCCCAACUUUGAUUUGUUAAUAUCAAAAAUAUACCCAAGCAGAGAUGAAUACGAGGCUCAUCAAGAAAGAGUAUUGGCAAAACUCAGCAUGUCACAUUCUCAGGCAUCAUUAGUGAAUUCAAUCACGGAAGGAAUUAAAAUGCAAUCUCAAAACCGACCACAAAGAUCUCGGAAGAAUCACGAUGACAACAGCAACCCUUCAAAUUCUAACGGAAACCCCGAAACUACACCAAGUAACAAUGGUAGCAGCUCCACUGGUAAUGGAACUGCUCCGAAAGAUGGUGCUUCAACAACUGGAAAUCCCACCCCUCCUGGUCAAUCCACUUCUAACCCUGCUUCAGUCAGAAGUACUCCCUCUCCAGUGCUUUCUAGUGUCAGUUCUGUGUCAAAAAACACAAGCACAACUAAAAGGGCAAAGUCUAUUCUCACAUCUGAAAGAAGUGAAGAAAGUGAAUCAAGUGAUGGAAGGACAGAAGGUGAGAAUUCAAUGGACACAGAAAGUGAAAGUGAACCACUGAAUCCCAACGAAAUAGAGCUGGUUUUUAAGCCUCACCCCACCGAGAUGACAGGAGACAAUCAGCUCAUGAGGGCUCUCGGUGACAGCUCUAUCAGAUACUUGAAAACUGUUGCAAAUGCAUCAGUGGAUCACUUGAGUAAAUACUUGGCAAUGCGUCUAACUCUAGACCUGGAUGCUGAAUUGCCGGAAGCAUAUCGCCUGCUCAACUUCUGCAUUUAUGUGGCACCCUCUCCUGGUCAGUUUGUGCCAUUGGCUGGCUCACAAACUCUGAGACAAAUCAAUGAUAAGUUUUGGAAGGUUAAUAAGCCACUGGAAAUGUAUUACUCCUGGAAGAAAACCUAGAAGUAAAUGACAUUUUAGCUAUUAUAUUUGUAGCUAAAAUGGGGCAGAAGUAAUAGUGAUAAAUUUAGUGAUAGUGAUAACAAAUUAUUAUAUUAUUUAUGUUUUAAGGAUGAACGAGAUAUGGACUCUUUUUAUUUAAAUGUGAUAUAGUAAUGGAAUUUAUUAAAAAAUUAAUUUAGUAAAAAAGAAUUCCGAAUAUGAAAUUGUAUUUGAUGUAAAAAAGAAUCUUUUUAUCAGUAUUUUAUCUACUCAGAUUUAUUUUCAACAAUAUGCUUGCGUAGCUCUUUUAGCUUUCCUAAAUAGUGGGAAAACUAAUUUAAUUGUUGGUAUAAUUUUACUUAAAAUACAAAAACACAAUGUCUAUGAAAAGCAAUGUUUUUUUAUUAAUAAUUAUGUAUACCUUAUUUUUUUGUAUUUGAACAUGCAAGUAGUUGGUAAGAUUCGUGGAAGUAACAUUGAUAUUUUUUAACAAUAAUAAUGUAACUAUUGCCAGGCAAUUAUUUUAAUAAAGUUAUUCGUAAUUCU